UCGUUUCAUCCGAAACCAAAGCCUUCUUUUCCUGGUUUCUCUCCUUCUCGAUGGAAGCAGCAACCUAGCAUUCACACGAUGCUCUUUCCCCCAAGAGACUGUUCGGGUUGCAGCACAGAGGCUCGACAUCUUGGAGCAGUGAGAGUGACGCAUGAAAAAUAGAAACAGAGGAGGCCUUCCGGGAGGGGGAAUAGAGUGAGAGAGGAGGAAAAUCGGGGAGGGAGGAAGUCAUUAGAAGACAAUCAGAAGCUGGUGUGAGAAGUUUGGGCUUGAGAAUUCUCUUGUUGAGCAGUAAGUUAUGUUGAAGCGUGGAGCCAAAUCAAAGGCAUGGCGCGGAGCUCAAAACUAUAAAGUAGCAGCAUCAGUCACAUCUCUGGUUCUGGUUUUGUUAGUAUUAUUUUUGUUAUUUCGUGAUGAUGACAGAAAAUCCAACCCAUCAUUUGGAUUGCCAAACCAAAAAUGGAACAGCUUCCAGCCUCUGGUGCAAUUUCAUCCGUCUGUGGAGUCACGUAAUGGGACUGACCUGAUAUGGCAAGUACCUGGCUCACCAAAGGCAGUGCUUUUUCUUGCUCAUGGGUGCAAUGGGAGGGCUGCCAACUUUUGGGACAGGUCUGCUCGCUGCCCUAUUUGUGUUGGUCUGCCCGAGGAAAGGCUGCUUGUUCUCCAUGCACUCGCUAGAAACUUUGCUGUACUUACCAUAUCAAGCGCUGGGAGGUGUUGGACAUUGGGGAAAGAAAGGUUACUUGUAAAAAAUACUAUAAGAUGGUGGGUUGAGAGACAAAAGCUUGAAGCUCUUCCUCUUGUGGCUUUGGGAGCGUCUUCUGGUGGGUACUUCGUUUCUUCACUUGCUAACGAGUUGAGGUUCAGUAGCAUUGCACUUAUGGUAUCUGCAGGGGCUUUUGAUGAGAUUGCCAUCCCUAAGGACUAUCCACCAACCCUUUUUGUGCACAUGCCCAAAGAUUUGUAUAGGCGACGGAAAAUAAGUGAAUAUAUGGAUGUUUUCAGGAAAAAGGGCAUUGAUGUUGCGGAAAUUGAAUGCUUGGAGUUCCCUUUAUUCCCAACUUUCUUUGCUGAGAGAAUUCCAGGUCUUGAUCAGUCUGUCUCCACAAAGUUGUUUGAAUUAUUCAGGGAAAAGGACUUUAUUGAUGAGAAAGGAUAUAUGAAGAACGAUGGGCGCAUAACACGCUGGAAAGAAGCUCUUCGUGAACUUAAAAUUACUUUCCCCAAUAAGAAUUUGUUCCAUCCUGUUCAAGAAGAACUAAACCUUGCAUUUGCUUACCAUGAAAUGACUAGCUUGCAGUCUGAGCAGAUCUUUAAGUGGUUUGAAUCUCAUAUGAGCUGAGCAGGGGCCCUUCUAACAUUAUUAUAAUUCCUCCAAUUCUGCCUUCAAUGCUCACUAAAACCCCAUGAAUUUGGGAGCAGAUUUAGAAAAUGUUCUUGUUCAUCCUCUUGUUCAAAAUGUACGAGAUUGGUUGAUGUCCAUGAAUAUAACCUAAUGUUUCGUUACAUGUAUGAGGUACGUGCAAUUCCGCCCAUGAACUUGUAUAUUAAGAGUUAUUGACAACCAUAUCAAAUUUUUAUUCGUAUUGGUUUGAGACUAAAUCAUGAAUUACAAGCUGUCAUGUAAAAGUAUUUAGUUUUGAUAUCAUAAAUGAUUUACCCUUCUUCAUUUGGUUUCUGUUAAUAAAUUGGCUGGUGUGUGUAUCCUUCUGUAAA